AUGGGUGUUAAGGUCACCAUUAUCAUAAGUCUCUCUGCCCACCGUCGCAUCACCAAAUCCAACAGCAUAAUCCCAAAAGGCUUAUCCUUAUCUGCCUUCUCCGAUGGUUAUGAUGAUGGGCUCAAAGAAGGAGACAACCACGACCAUUUCUGGUCUGAGCUUAGAAUUCGCGGUUCCAAAGACAAGGCAGAACUCAUCAAGGCCGGUGACGAAGAAGGCUACCCAAUAUUUUGUUUGGCUUACAAUAUGAAUCAACCGUGGGCUGCUGAAGUUGCUCUUGCCCAUCACAUCCCAUCCGCACUUCUGUGGAUUAAACCAGUCAUGGUUUUUGAUAUCUACCACUAUUACUUCAAUGGCUACGGUGAUGCCAUUAGAAAAAAUGGCAAUGACCCUUUAAGUUUUAUUCAGUUACCAGGUUUGCCAUUGCUCGCUAACUGUGAUCUUCCCUCCUUUCUGGUCCCUCCACAUUCCGACAAAUACAGUUGGGCAAUUCCAGAAUUUAAAGAGCAGCUUGAAGUGCUUAAUGCCGAAACCAACCCAAAAAUACUAGUGAACACAUUUGAAGCAAUAGAGCUAGAUGCCUUAAGAGCUAUGGAAAAACACAAUUUGAUCCCAAUAGGACCUUUAAUAAUACAUUUUGAUGCUUCCUUUAGAGGAUACCUCUUUUAA